GAUGCGGCCUAUCGAGCACAGGAAUCUUGUAUCGGUGCCUGUGUUCCUGUCGCAACGGUGAUAGUGAUGUCCAGUCAAUUCCCAUCACUCAAGCGGGCUCAGACAGAUCUUCCCACGCAGUCAUCCAGUCCACUGCGACACGGGUCGACCGCGUCAACCAAUUCUUCCGCAUACUCGGUCGCAUCAAGCUCCUUCGUCCCUAGCCGAACAAGCACAGUCUCUUCAAAUGCAUCCAUAAACAGCAACCUAGGUCAUCAUCGAGGAAAGAGUGAGGCAAGUGGCGUCACAAUGGAGCCGUCGAAUAAAGGAUCGUUGGCCAACGCCGGAACAACAUAUGAGAGCAUUCGUCGGUCUUUGCGACCGUUGCAGCAAGCGCCGAAUAUCUCCUCUUCGCCCCCGAAGAGUGGUGUAAACCGACACUCUCGCAGCCAUACCAUCGAUGAACAACCCUCCUACAAAGAUAUCCGACCCAGGACUCCAGAUUCGCAUCAUGUUCAAUUUAAAGAGAAUGAAUCACCCCGGUAUAAAUCGCCAGCAUUUGAACCCCAAACACCACCACUAGGUGCCUCCUCCCAUCAUUGGACUCCCUCCCAAGCCCCAGGCUCAUCACGCCCCUCAUCGCCUCAAAAGACAUUAUCCGGAAGUCCUCGCCCACCACAACUUACCGCAGCUAUUUCCGCGCCGGAGCUCGAGACUUUCCAAAAAUCAUCUACACGCCACCUUCGAGCAUUGUCCAAGUUCGCGCAAUCCGGAGAAGGUGAGGAAUUCCAACUUGCGUCAGGUACAGGAUCUGUGGUGGGUUUACAAGGGCGCCGACGUUUAAAACGAGCCGACUCGGUCGCUGCAAGGAAUGGCGCGGUAUCACCAGAAAAGCCAAAGGCAUCUUCAUGGGCAGCGAGCAAUUGGAUGGAUCAACAACGUCAAUUCUUACAAGCAUACGAAUACCUGUGCCAUAUUGGCGAGGCUAAAGAAUGGAUUGAAGAAGUUAUUCAGCAGCAAAUUCCACCAAUUGUCCAGCUGGAAGAAGGGUUGAGAGAUGGUGUGACCCUAGCCGAGCUCGUACAGGCAAUGUACCCCGACCGAAAACUGCGCAUUUUUCGACAUGCCAAACUACAGUAUCGCCAUUCGGACAACAUUGCAUUGUUUUUCAGAUUCCUUGACGAUGUGGAACUACCCGAACUGUUCCGAUUCGAACUCAUUGACCUCUAUGAGAAGAAAAACGUUCCGAAGGUCAUUCACUGCAUCCAUGCUCUAUCCUGGUUGCUUUUCAAAAAUGGUAUGCUGGAUUUCCGGAUGGGUAACCUGGUUGGUCAGCUUGAAUUCGAGCACCACGAGCUUGAAAAGACCCAGAAGGGACUGGACAAAGCCGGAGUCAGUAUGCCGAGCUUCGCAGGCAUGGCUGCAAACUUCGGCGCAGAGCCAGAGCCAGAGCCGGAACCCGAGCCAGUCGAAUCCGAAGAAGAGCGAAUUGAUCGUGAACUCCACGAGAAUGAGGGGUCGAUUACCGACCUUCAGGCUCAAGUCCGAGGAGCUAUGAUGCGGCUGAAGCUUGGCAAUACGAUGAAUGAUCUUUGGAACUUUGAGCCGAUGCUUAUUGAGUUGCAAUCAAUAAUCCGGGGUGAUUGGGCGCGUCAAGUUAGCCAGUAUCGACUUGAGAUGCGACAAUUUGCGAUUCAACUUCAAGCACUGAGUCGCGGAUUCCUUGUCCGUCAUCGCCAACAAGGAGAGAUGCAGUGGCGGCAUGCCCAAGAAACCAACAUCCUUCAGCUUCAGAGUCUCAUCCGGGCUUCGAAAGUGCGCGCAGAGAGCAGUUUACUACAGACCCGGAUGCGAAACGAAGAGUCUGGAAUAAAAAGCUUCCAGGCGGCGAUCCGGGGUGCGCUACACCGCAAAGUUGUUACAGAUCAAUAUGACGAGACUAGAUAUGCCGAGAGUGAUGUCACAGCCUUCCAAGCAGCAAUCAGGGGCACUUUGCAGCGCAAGCAAAUGAGUGCCCAGUCACAGCAAGUGGAGCAGGCGAGUAACCCUGUGAAGUCACUGCAGGCAGUGAUUCGGGGGAACCUCGCUCGCCAAAGCUUGGCACAAGUCAAGGCAUCUCUUCAACAUGAGAUCCCUACCAUCACUCUCAUGCAAGCAGGAGCAAGGGCGCUGGCAUCCAGGAAGCGACACUUGCAACUGAUGAUUGAUCUUUCGAACAAGGAGAAUAUUUGUAUUGAUCUGCAAGCUUUGGUUCGAGGUGCUGCAGCUCGAAAACACAACACAGCCCUACAUGCUGAAUUGACACAACAUAAAUUAUCAGUGACUGCACUACAAGGGAUCCUCAGAGGCCAGGCCCAGCGAGAUCUCCUGCAAGCCCAGAACGAGGCACUGAUGAAAGAAGAGAGCUCUGUUUUAGAUCUGCAGUCCAUGAUCAGGGGCCUCCUCCAACGCAAACACCGACAGGAUGAGCGCGAAGCCUUAGAGAAGCAGGUGCAUCUUAUCGUUGAUCUUCAAUCGCUGUCACGAGCCGCAAUGGAGCGCAUCAGAGUUGGUGAAAUUCUUAACAGACUUGAAGAAAACGAAGAAGAGACCGUCGAGCUUCAAGCUCUGGCUCGAGCUAUGAUCCUUAGACUACAGGUUGGGGAUAUGCUUGCCGACUUGGAAGAUGAAGAGAACGUCAUAACCGACUUCCAAGCUCGUAUUCGGGGCAUUCUUGUCAGGAAUCGCUUCGAGGAAAGACGCCGCCAUUACAACGAAAACAUGGAAAAGGUCAUCAAGGCUCAAAGUGUUAUUCGAGGCCGCAUCCAAGGUCAGGCAUAUAAGAGUUUGACGAGCGGAAAAAACCCACCGGUUGGGACCGUCAAGGGCUUUGUGCAUCUUCUUAAUGACAGUGACUUUGACUUCGACGAGGAAGUCGAGUUCGAAAGACUUCGCAAGGUUGUGGUUCAGCAGGUUCGACAAAACGAACUCGCCGAACAGUACAUCAGUCAAUUGGACAUCAAGAUUGCUCUUCUUGUCAAGAACAAAAUUACCCUCGAUGAAGUGGUCAAGCACCAGAAACAUUUUGGUGGCCAUAUCGGCAAUUUAUUGUCCAAUACCGACAUCUCGUCGAAGGAUCCCUAUGAUCUCAAGGCUUUAAAUAAGACAUCCAGAAGAAAGCUGGAUCAAUAUCAGGUCUUCUUCUUUCUUCUCCAGACACAGUCACAAUACUUGGCGAGACUCUUCAGGCGACUGCGAGAGCUCAACACAUCUGAUAAGGAGUAUGAAAGGAUCAGACAUUUGAUGAUGGGUCUAUUCGGGUACUCACAGAAGAGGCGAGAGGAAUAUUACCUUGUUAAGCUUCUUGCUCGCGCGGUGAAAGAAGAUAUUGAUGGCUUUACCUCCCUGUCUGAGUUUCUACGCUGCCACUCGUUCUGGAACAAACUCUUUGGCUCCUACGCAAAAUCGCCUCGAGACCGAAAGUUUAUGCGGGAUGUUCUAGGAAUCGUAGUAAAGGAGUCCGUCAUCGACAAUCCCCAACUUGACCUUGAGAGCGAUCCAAUCCAAAUCUACCGUUCCUCGAUCAAUAACGAGGAGCUUCGAACAGGCCAACGCAGUCGACGACAACCAGACCUUCCUAGAGAAGAGGCAAUCAGGGACCCCGAAACCCGUGAAAAUUUCAUUCAAAACCUGCAAGACCUCCGCGAUAUCGCUGAUCAGUUCUUUGCUGCCUUCGAAGAUUUCCUGUAUCGUAUGCCUUUUGGUAUCCGGUAUUUGGCCAAGCAAAUGUAUGAGAAUUUGCUUGAGCGGUUCCCCAACGAAGACCCUGGGUUUGUUCUCCAAACUGUUGGUCAUUGGGUUUGGAAGAGUUAUUUCCAGCCAGCUAUCUUGGAACCAGAGAAACACGGCGUGGUGGAUCGUGGAUUGACGCAAGAACAAAAGAGGAACCUUGGAGAAAUCUCCAAGGUGGUUGCCCAAGUAGCUUCUGGAAGGUUAUUUGGAGCUGAGAAUGUUUACCUCCAACCUUUGAAUACCUAUAUCGGCGAGUCAAUACAAAGGCUUGGAGCCGUCUGGGGACAGUUGAUUUCUGUUCAAGACGCGGAAGCCUACUUCGAUAUUGACGAGUUUAAUGAUCUUUACGCCAAGGCCAAGCCAACUUUGUAUAUCAAGAUGUCUGAUAUCUUUUCGAUUCAUCAACUUGUUGCUUCGCAAAUCGACUUCAUGUGCUCACACCCCGACGACUUCCUCAAACAGCUUGUGCGCGAUCUUGGCAACGUGAAGAGCAAUGAGAAUGAAUUGAUGAGUGUCAGCUCCACUGAAAUUAACCUUACGCUUAAUCCCAAGCUGGCUCAGGUCGAAGAUCCCGAAGCAGCAGUCAAGGCACUGUUUAUGGAGACCAAGCGAUGCAUUCUUUACAUUAUCCGAGUCCAGAGCGGUACUAGCUUGAUGGAUAUUAUGCUCAAACCACCCAGUCACGAAGACGAAGAGCGGUGGCACGCGUUAGUACGAGAUGAAUUAAGCACAAACAACCCACGCCGAGGUGCCUAUUCCGAAGCUAGUACCUUAAUUGAUAUUGGUUCCAUGAGUUAUCCGGAACUCAAGGGAACUGCCCUGGAGAACAUCUUGCGCCUGGAGCAGGCUGGCAAGAUCAGUCGACAAAACCAAUACCAAGAUCUUCUGAAUGCUAUUGCCAUUGACAUACGAACCAAACACCGACGACGAAUUCAACGUGAACGAGAGUUAGAAGGUGCACGACUAACCUCUGCUCGCCUUAGCGACCAGGCUGGUUACUUGGAUGGUCAACUCAAGACCUACAACGAUUAUAUCGAGCAAGCCAUGGUCACUCUUCAGAACAAGAAGGGUAAGAAGCGAUUCUUAAUGCCCUUCACAAAGCAGUGGGAUCAUCAGCGAGAACUUCAAAAGACGGGCAAGGUGUUCAAGUUCGGAUCUUACAAGUACUCCGCUCGCAACUUGGCGGAUCGUGGUGUACUAGUUUCUUGGAAGGGCUACUCCGACAGACAGUUCGACCGUGUGGACUUGACUAUCUCCAGUAAUGAAGUCGGGGUGUUCACCAUUGAUGGCAGCACCGGGAACAUGAUGGUGCCUGGCGCCAACGCUCAAGUACCACUUGACGACCUUUUGCAGGCGCAAUUCAACAAUACACAAUUCAUGGACUUUUUCGAGGGGCAGAUGAGGGUUAAUGUUAAUCUAUUCUUGCAUUUGAUUAUGAAGAAGUUCUACAACGAAUAA